AUAAGAUCCCAAAAGAAAGAAGCUAAAUCCAUUUUGAUCAAAGUUUCCCUCUGCGAAGCAAGGUUUUUUUCUUUUUUAAAUAUCAAGGCUUCCUUUGGGUGAAUUUAUAAAAGCAAAAGGAAACCCUUUCUUUUCUUUCUCUUUCCCUUCCUGCUCUUCCCAUUCAUUCUUCAAUUCUUUAUCCCUUUCCUGUCUCUUCAUCGCCUGGCCCAUGGAUAAUCAUCGACCAUCCCCGUCGCCAGAACAGUUCUCAAAUGACGACGCUAGAAUCGGCACUCGCAAACGGACUCGAACUACGCUCAAUCAGCUACGGGUUUUGGAAGAAACCUUCACGGAGAGACCAUCUCCAGAUAGUAAGCUUCGAAAACAGUUAUCAGACGACCUAGGUAUGUCGGAGCGGAGCAUCCAGAUCUGGUUUCAGAACCGACGCGCCAAGGUGAAACUGCUGAAAAAGAGAGCCAAAAUGAAGGAGGAACAACAGGUUUCCGCCAAGAAAGCAUCAUGUAGUUUGCCACCUUCCAAUAAGCGACCGGUGGACAAGCCUAUGGCCCAGCCCAACGUACAACCCCCUCGCUCAGUAGCCGCUCGAAUGCCUUUCCAUCGUGCGUGGAGUUAUGAUAUGGCAAAGGACAUGCCGCCACCGGUUGUUUAUUCACCAGCUGCACAUGCUUUACCUCCGCACUGGAAUUAUCCCUAUUAUCCCAUGGCACCACCUCCCACUGCACCUCCUCACCACAGUUAUCGCCCAUACCCAAGGCCAUUGUAUCAGCAGCCGCCGCAACCUGAUCAACAAUUGACGGAUGGCAUGGCUUCGCUGGCUUUUUCGGACAUGAUGCAAAGUCAACAGCCUUUAUAUCACCCCCCGCCCACACCCACGUCUUAUCUCCUACCCAUCUCCAAGCCUAAACAAUCGUUUUCUUUACCACCUCAAACCUAUCGACAUGGUUCGCAAUUUUCUUCUUCGCCUACGUCCGAUAUGACCGAUGAGAGUGGUCGACGCUAUGACCCAGAUACGGCCGGCAGCAGUAGCAUGGAACCUUCUUCCACCUCUGACUUCACUACCGAUGGUUAUCUCUUGGCCAAUACCAUUACGGUUGGAUCAUGGCAUCGUAUUUGCUUCAAAAAAGAUGACUUACAACUCCAAUAUAAUAUGACGGAAAGGCUGUUCUCCUGGCAUAUUCGGACCGAAGAAUACCAUUUCAAAAUGGAUAUUUCCUUUGAUAGUAUUUCCAGUAUCGACUAUCAGAUCUCACAAGUUACCCCCGGUGCAGCUGAAAUUGUCAUCGAUAUAACGGAUGUGCCUCAUUUUUUCAUGGAUAUGGGUCCCGACGGCUGGCUUCGUUGUGGCGAUUUCACGGAAAAUGCUCAAGCCACCCAACUUAGACAGCAUAUGUUGACCGGUGAAGCGAGUCAACUUCGUGCUCAGAUUUUGCAAUUGGCUGCCCUGAACAUUGAACUAUCCAACAAGAUACACAUGAUUGAAGAGGAAGAGGAAGAUGACCAACAGCCCUUUUCUUCUUUGGUCAACUUUGACUGGUCCAACGACGAAGAAUCCAUCAAUAACUUCCAUAGGUACUCUAGUAUGCCGAUUUUGGGUAAUCCUGGUGAAGAUCUGUCUUGGCCAUAAGGUCUUUUUUCUUCUAUGUUUUGUUGUUCCCCUCCCCUUUGUGAAUUGAAUGGAAUGACCUACACAUCAUAGCACAACACAUAUGCAUUCACUCCUUGUACAGCAUCCUCCCCCAGGCCAACACACGCACCCCCCCCCCUUUCCACAUGUAUUCAUGAUGGGUGUUUGUGCUUAUUGUUUGGCAUAUAUAUAUUUUAUGUAUACUGAAAGAGUGGUAGUAGGAUCGAGCUCAUCCGCUGCCUCUUCUCUUUUUAUAUUUCCCGCUCCUUCGUCCCACUUCCCAUCAUUUUCUCGUACAAAUUCUUUCCUUUCCAAUCCUUCUUGUUUUGAUUUGAUUUGAUUUUUUUUUUUCGUUUGUAUAACUUGUCAAGGAAGCAGUGUCAGUGCUCAGGCGAAACUUAUAGUUUAAAUAAACCCUCUCUCAUACGAUUUCUAUCUCAGCCCUCUGUCAACUUGACGGAUGGGUACAAACAAGUU